AUGGUUCCUAGGGGCAUCGGCAGCCCAGUAGAGUCCAAGAAGCCCGAGAACCCACUGGGAGCCCCAGCAGCACCUGCCGGCUCCACUGGAAGUCCUUGGUCUUGUCCAAGCACGGCUGUGUUCGCUCAGAGCCUGUUUCACCAGGUUGGUGUCCUGUCCUGCCUGCUUUCUCCAGGCAUCAAGCUUGGCAUGCAGUCCAUCCCCGUGGCCACUGCCUGUACCAUUUACCACAAGUUCUUCUGUGAGGCCAACUUGGAUGCCUAUGACCCCUACCUGGUCGCCAUGUCUUCCAUCUACUUAGCUGGCAAAGUGGAGGAGCAUCACCUGCGGACUCGCGACAUCAUCAACGUCUCCAACAGGUACUUUAACCCGGGCAGCGAGCCCCUGGAGCUGGACUCCCACUUCUGGGAGCUCCGCGACAGCAUCGUGCAGUGCGAGCUCCUCAUGCUGCGAGUCCUGCGCUUCCAGGUCUCCUUCCAGCACCCGCACAAGUACCUGCUCCACUACCUGGUUUCCCUCAAGAACUGGCUGAACCGCUACAGCUGGCAGCGGACCCCCAUCGCCGUCACUGCCUGGGCCCUGCUGCGGGACAGCUACCAUGGGGGGCUGUGUCUCCGCUUCCAGGCUCAGCACAUAGCUGUUGCGGUGCUGUACCUGGCCCUGCAGGUCUAUGGAGUGGAGGUGCCCGCCGAGCUCGAGGCCGAGAAGCCAUGGUGGCAGGUGUUUAGUGAAGACCUUACCAGGCCAGUCAUUGAUAACAUUGUGUCUGAUCUCAUUCAGAUUUAUACCAUGGACACAGAGAUCCCCUAAGGCCCUGGCCCAGGCCUGCCCAAAGAGAAGCUCAGGAUGCUUGGCUGCCUGGGGACAGUGUCACCACGUCACCAUGACGGCUGGUCCUCAGAGGAGCAGCUGGGAGGACUGGUUGUGCUGCUGGAGAUGGACUGGUGACGGCGAUGACAUGCUGCCACUUUGUCCCCAGCAGCCGUGGUCCAGAUGAUGGCGGGAGCUGGCCUCCAGCAGGCAGGCCGGGAGCACACUGUGUGCAACCGACCCGAGGUGGCCACAUCUGCUUUUGUCCUUUGAAAGGACUCCGACUGCAAUUAACGCGUGACAUCAUUGAAAGGAAAAUCAGAGAACAGCUGGGACUGCAUCCCUAGGAAUUUUUUAAAAAAUCAGAUUUAUAGAAAGAAUGAAUGUACAGCAUAGAUGGCAUUUAUUUUGUGUAAUAAAAGAUGACAAAGUCAA